CUUUAGAUUUAUGAGCAUCAGAGUGGUCCUGUAAGCAUUCUUUGGAACAGUUUGUGUAGUGAUGUCUUGUGAGGAACAAGGAUAUAAAGUACUGAAAUCUUAGUAGCCCUCACACAAGCCAAAGCCUUUUCUGAGAUGCUCUUAAAAGUGUGUCAAUAAAGUGUCCAUAAAGGUUAGUGAUAGGAGGAAUGUAUACCGAGGUGAAAUGCACAGGGGACAAGCAUUUGUAAGGCAAAGAUCUCAGUAAAAGCUGUAAGUAAUAAGCAGAUGUAAUUACCUGCCUCAUAUGCUCUUCCCCUUUUUAAAUCCCUUUAAUAGCAAACGUUUAGUUUUGUCCAUUACCACAUACAUUCAUAGCUGCUUCCUGGUUAUGAGUCCAGUAAACGUAUUUUUCAAAGACUGAUGUAUUUCCGCUCUCAUUUCCUCCUGUGCACAUUUGUAUGUCACACAAAUACCAUAUAGCUGUAUUCUGGUGAAUCUUUAGAGAUAAAAGAAAUAGGAGUUUUCCAAGGGAAAGGAUGAAGUAAAUGGCUCAGAGAACUGGUGUCUAAAGUUUGAAAUGACAAUAAAAAUUAAAAACUGAAGCUAGGGGAUGCGAAGACUUUUCAGAAAAUGAAAAAACUGAACCUCAAUCUCUGAGUGCAGCUUUCAAGAACUAAUGAUUUCCUUCCCCCAGUCCUCCCAGCACAUCUGUACAUCUUUUCCUCAAAAUAACAAAUUAUGAUGACUACAGUGCUGAGGGAGAGCCAAAGGACUUGCUAAUAUAUAUUUGGUAUACCAGUGGUGGCUAUGUCAUAGAGAAAAAAUGCAUGGGAUUUUUUUCCACAUUUUUAAUAGCAAUAAACAACAGAGAUCAGGACACUUCCUAAGAAUUUACUGACUGUUUUGAGUUAAUAUCCUUCAUCUUACUUAUAAACUAGCAUUUGCUCCUAUUCCACUAUUAAUCUGCAGGGAAUGUCCUGCAGCUUGACACCAUUUCCUACAUAACAGCAAUGCAAAUCAGUAGAAAUGAUGUUCAAAGAGCAGAUAGAAACACUGCCCUACACAUUAAAUGCGUGCUACAUACAAGAAUAAGUCUGCACAGGACCAGACUAGUUCUUGUGGGAUGCAACGCUCCUCUUCCUUUGUUGUUCAGGGAAACUGAUUGACCAGUUCUACCUCUCUUCCAUGCAGUAGCCUCAAUGCCCACAGCCAAACUGGAGGAGGUAGUGUUACCUGAUACAGCAGUGCCUCAAGAUGUUGUGGCAUAGACAUGGGGCCUUCUGUGUCACUGUUUUGUCCCUUCUAAUAUCCAGCCUUAAAAUGUAUUAGAUCUUCCUUGAUGAGCCUCUGAAUGAAAUUGUGUUUCCUUUCUGAGAAAUUAAAGGCAGAGAAUAAGUGCAGUGUAAGAACUGUCUCAGGGAAAGCACAAUGGAAUUUGCCGAAGCAGAACCAUGGAAACUUUAUAAAUAAAGGCAGAAUUGUUUAUAAAUAUUUUCCUUUUUUGAGUGUGGGUGUGUGAAGCUGCAUUAUUUGAAUGCACUUUUCUCUCACCACGUGUUUUUACCCUCACUGCUGCAUGAGGUUCCUACGGAAACAGGCAGCAGUGAUACCAUCACCAUGUGCCCACCGGCUGUCCCUGCAGGGAGCGCAGUGCUGCUGAGGCACCCGUCAGAACCUAGGAUAAACCUGCAGCAGAAGCUGAGCUGUGAGCUGAGCUCUGCCUUGCAGCCAAGCUGGGGAACUCUGGCAGCCCUCUGCUAACGUGACUUCACUCCCAGCAACCAAACCAGGCCUCUUGCUGCUGCCAGCCACUUUGUAGUUACCCUCCUGUUGCUCAAGUGGUUGCAAUUGGAACUUUCAGCACGUAAUUCAAAGCUUGUGUGACAUGGAGGGUGUUACAGUUUCACAUAAUAGCAUUUAUUCUUACUUAAAUUUACUAUACAAAGCAUUACAGGCAGUUAUGCAAAAAACAGCCUUAAAAGAGCUUUGCUUUCAGUCUGGGAGGUGGCUUUAUUCCUGUGGUGUCUUCCAUUCUUUACAAGCACAGCUUUGGUUUUCAUAUGAACUGCAUCACACCUUGGAAUUACGCAGUCCACUCUCAGUGACUCAGCUUCCCAAAGUGCUGGGGACAAAGCUGAGCCCUGGAGAGUGCAGGAGAAGAGCAGGGUGCACAGGGCUGUGCAGGUGUGCAGGGCCAAGCAACGCAGCAUGGCAUGGCUCGGCACGGCAUGGCACAGCAUAGAAUGGCACAGUAUGACCUGGCAUGGUGUGGCGCGCACAGCACAGUGGAGCAGAACAUCAGCACAGAGGUCACAUAGCAACAGGAAGCUGCAGCAAAGGGAAUUCUCCUCGGAGCAAUCACACAAACAACACUGGCAGCGUGAAGGUGAGCCAGAGGGUAAAGGCACGAUCCUCGAAGUGGUCGUAAAGGUAGAAAGAGGAGGAAGCUGAAAGGAAACUGUUAUUAUCUGGAGUAGGAAAGAACAUGGGGAAGCAGUGCAGGCUCAUGAGAGAAAGUGGGCAGGAAAACAAUAAGCAGGAUUAGUCUCCAGACAACACAAACUAUGUGCCCAAUGACAAGAAUGCUGGUAGGCUCAGACUAUUCCUCUGUGGGAUGGUUACCUGGUACUGAUUCCCUGUGGCAGUCUGCAACCAUUGCGUCAAGCAGUCAAAGCAAUCCUGUCAGAAGACACAGUAUAGCUUCCGACAGCGGGGACACUGGGAUUGGUACCUCCUGUUCUGAUAGUGUGGAAGAUCAUUCAACUUCAAGUGGUACAUCCUCAUUUAAGCCCAGCCGAUCACUGGUUUCUAUUCCCACUGCCCAUGUGAUGCCGUCUAAUGCCAGCUCUUCACUUUCCAAACACAGGGAAGCUUUCAAGUCUGAUGGCUCUAAAUGGAGUACAAGCUUUGUACGGUCAGGAGGAGGCAGAAAUCCAGAUGCCCUAGACAAUUCUCUUGAUAUGAAAGCUGCAAGACCUGUAAGAAAAUGGUCCUCCCUGUCUAAGCUCAGCUCACCAAACACCUUCAGCCAGGAUGGCAGUAGUCAUUCAGCAGACUCCAGAGCUGGUACAGACAAAGCUGUGUCACCACCGUUAAGGACAAAUGGACCGAACUGUUUGCAUGACAGCAUGGAGUUGCUAAAAAUUGAGGACAAGGAAAUAGGGAAAAAACGGUCUUCUCUACUGGACUGCAAAUACAAAUUUGAAACGUGCAACAAAGAUGAUUUUGUUUCAGAUUCCUCGAGUAGGAGACAUGCCUUAGACUUGAACUACAGUGCCUUACCCGAAAGCAAACCUGUGGCAGCCAGUUGUGAAGCUUUUGGACAGAGAUAUGCAACCUUGGGACAACAGGCUGUGAGUGGAGCUCCCAUACAGCCAGCAGUGAGGACUCAGAUGUGGCUUAAAGAGCAGUUACGGGCAAAUCCCCUGGACUGCAGGACUGCAGAAGAGCCCUAUGGUGUAGCUGCAUGGCACGUACAGCAGCUUGAAGACUUCAGGCCAGGAAGUGAAGAUCCUGUGCAGGUUCCGACUGGAACAUCUCGUCAGAGUUACCCAGCUACCACAUAUCAGGACUUCAGCAACUGGGAAUCUCUAAUGAAAAUUAAAGAGGGGCUGCUAAGACAGAAAGAGAUUGUGAUCGAUCGGCAAAAGCAGCAGAUUAACAAUUUACAUCAGAAAAUAAGAGAGAAUGAAUUACGAGCUCAACAUGCAAGACUGAGCCAUCUUGUGAACUGCGAAGAACCAUACAUGACUAAUUUGCAGCAACCACAGUAUGAGAGUGCAUCACUGCAACCUCACGUUUCAGAAAGAUCAGCACCCCACCUUGAGGAGCUUGAGCGAAAGAUUGCAGUGGCUGAGAAUAAGGAGUUACAACUCAGUGAAUUUCUAAAGCAGAUUUCAAACAAAUCUAGCGAGGAGAAAAAGAAGAUGGAAGAAAAACUUAAAACUAGAGACCGCUAUAUUAAUAGCCUGAAAAAGAAAUGCCAGAAAGAGUCAGAGCAAAACAAAGAAAAGCAGAGACGAAUUGAAACCUUAGAAAAAUACCUGGCUGACCUACCAACACUGGAUGAUAUAGAAGGUCAGACUAAACAGCUGCAAAUUCUAGAGGAGAAGAACAAGCAACUUCAAGAAACUAUGACUGAGUUGGAGAAGAAACUUGGAGAGGCUCGAUCUCAGUGUAGAGAGAGAGAAAUGCAACUGGUGUGUCAGAAGAAAAAAGAAAAAGAGCUGGUUACAACAGUGCAGAGCUUGCAGCAGAAAGUAGAAAAAUGCCUGGAAGAUGGUAUUCGCCUUCCUAUGUUGGACACAAAGCAGCUUCAGAGUGAGAAUGAAUGUCUCAAAGAAAAGAAUGAGAAAGCCAGUAAGGUCAUAGACAAUCAACAAAAACAGAUAGAGGGACUGAUUUUAGACAUGCAGUCUGUGCAAGAGAAGCUUUUGCAAGAAAAGAGGACAGUUCUGAAGAUGACAAAUGAGCUUGAAGAAAAAGAAAGAAAUAUAGAACAGUUGAAUAAAACCCUCUCUGAAAACCAAAGACUGACAGAAGAAAAUGCUUCUCUGAAGGAGCAGAUACGGCAAGUGGAACAGUCCCGGCAGCCAGUGUCUGAAAAAAUGCCUGUAGCAGACCAGUUGUUCAAGGAAAUGUCCCAUUGCUUGUUUGAGUUGAAAGCUUUGUGCAGUAUUCUUACCCAGAGAGCUCAGGGCAAGGAGCCUAACCUUUCCUUACUGCUGGGAAUCAGAUCACUGAACUGCUCAGCUGAAGAGAAUGAAAAUUAUCACAGCACAGAGACUCUCUCAAAGAAGCUCUCAGACGUUUGUCAGUUACGAAAGGAUAUUGAUGAAUUAAGGACGAUAAUAUCAGACCGUUAUGCUCAGGACAUGGGGGACAAUUGCAUCACUCAAUGACAACAUUUCAUCCAGUAGCAAAUGACUUAUUAAAUGCUGCUGUGUCACA